AAGCAUACAGCAGCACUGAAUCUCCAUGGCAACAGCGAGUAACUUUACUGUUACUGUGGAUAACUGAGCCGAGAUUUGUGGCGUUCAGCACGACGCCAGCUUUGACUUUUACAUAAAAUAAGUUGGGUCGGCGUUACAGUUUACGGUAGGGCACUGUAUUUAUUUCAUUUCAUUUAACUUUUCUUUUUUUUUUUUUCUUUUUUUUUUUUUUAGACAAUUUCGUAGCAACGAAUCGAAAAAGCCAACCGUUUAACAGCCGUUGAGUUUGCGCUUACUAGUUUUGGAAUCCUGCCGUUGAUGACGUGGCAGCAGUCCUUUAAAUUUAGACAGGAAAGGUCCGAAGCCACCAAUGUUACCCACAAAACCUCCGGGAGAAAAGCCUGCUUUUGUAAGGCACAGAGUUAGACAACUAAUGACCCAUGACUCGACCUUCACCUCCGGACUGGAUUUUGCUAUUCAGAAGACAUCAGAGGUUGGAGUUUUCACGUCUCCAUGGGACCUGUGCAUUGACAACAGUCUUCAAGAAGAUCCUUAUUUCGCCGUCGGUGGCGACACACCCAAAGUUCAGAUUCCCUACAUAACCAUCCCUGGACAAGCUCCUCGACAGUUAGUGGAAGAAAGACUCCGUAGAGGAUACUUGAUUUUAGACUUACUUCAACUCCUGGCAGCAAAAGGCAUAAGGUCUAACAACUUGAUGCCAGUACAGCCAGACAAGCAGGAUGAUUCUGUUCCUAAGUCAUACAAGCUGGUAUCACCCUUUCUGCCACUUGAGAUAUUUGACAAUGAUGAUUUCGAAUGCCGGACACCAGAAAGCUGGCUCUCUCUGGGCAGAAUCAAAGGAUGGUGUAAUCGAAAGCCUAUUCCUGCAUUGGCCUUGCUGCUUACUGAAAGUUCAUACCCUGAGUACAAAUGGCAUUUAGUUGGGGUUCUUGACUAUUCUGCAGAAAAAUGUCAGUACUUAGUGGAGGAGGUUCUUAAGGAGGAAAAGGAAGAGGAGGAGGAGGUACAUGAGGAGGAACACGAAGAGGAACACGAGGAGGAACAUGAGGAGGAGGAGAAAGAGGAGGAGAACUUGCUCGAAGACAGCCCUCAGGAAGAUGAGGAAGUUGAACCUGUUAAAAAAAGACACAAGAAAAACUUGACCAUUUUGUAUGGAGGCACUAAGCACUGGAUACCGAGGAUCAGGCUGUUGUUCAAAGCCGAGGAUCCUCGAAUCUUUGCAGACCGAAUCGAGUCUGCUCUUCGUUUGAGAAAGGACGGAGAAAUUCAACUCCUGUACAGCACGUCUGUAGACUGCAUGCCCAUCUGGGAGGCAAAUCCGUCCCUCAGUCAUACCAGUCUGCAACGGAUCAAGGAACUUGUAAAGUCUGCUUGCGGCUUUAAGGGGAAAUUAUUUGAGAGUUGUAUAAAAAACUUAGAGAACCAGGCCAAGCUGGAAUAUGACCGGGUUAUGAACCGCAUGGUGUUUGACAAUACUGUGAUGACCUACUCAGAGGAGUUUUCAGACAUAAUAUUGCCACAAAAAGAUCCUAAGUGUAUACCAGAAAACAUAUGCAUUCCAGUUCCUCCCCUUCACUACCAGGUAAAGCGAAGUGAAUUCGCCCAGAGCUCUCUGCUAAACCUACCUGAGGUGAUCGCUGUGAUACAUGACAUUUUGGACACUUGCCACAAAGUGACAGACAUGAGGCUGUUCGACGUGAUGAUCAUCAAACUACAGCGAGUGGAUGAAUUUGAACGCAUCCAGUCUCAAGUUCAAAAUGGGAUAAUCAUGUAUCUCCAGGAGAAGUGGGUCAUCUCACUCAGCGAGAGCAUCUGCUUCGCUAGCAGUUGCCUCUCUAAGGGCCGCCCUGAGUUUGAGUCCGACGAAAUCAUAUACAGACUGAUGAAACAGGUGGUCUUCAGAAUGAGGAACUCCUUGCGCACCCUUGUGUUAGAUUCACUGAAAAACCUGAGCAAGUUCCUUCUGGACUCUUGUCAAUGUGGCAAGGCGUUUACUCAGGACCUGGUCUGGGGAAAAGACCUGAUCAGUAGCCCCUACAGGUCAAGGAAGAAUCCUCUGUUCCUUGUGGAUCUGAUUCUGGACCAUACCGGGGUUCAUUACAGUACUCCACUUGAAGAUUUCGAGUCUUUCGUCACAAAACUGUUCAAAUCUGCCAUUUUGGUCACACACAAAAUUCCGCAGCUCUAUAGGUUUGUGAUGAAGAAACUGGUCAUCAGGGGCAGCUUGUUAAUCGAGCCAAUGUGUUUCUAUGAUAAAGAAGUGUCAGAGCUGGAGGAAAAGGUCCGGAAUGUUCUAAAGAAAGCAACAAUACCUCUCAGAGCCUACGCUGCCAGAUAUAAAAAAUACUUGGACAUACACAAUUUGGACAUAGACGCUUUCAAGACCCUUAAUGCAGAGCUGGCCCCUCAAGAGGUGAAGAAACAGGUCGAAUAUCAUCUUAAGAAAAUGGAGAAGCUUGAGUACUCGCUGCCAUCCUACAUUGUUAUUGGUCCAUUUUUUGUCCGUGUGCAAGCUGUGCGACAAGCACUCAUUAAGAAGCGGAAGUUUUUGGCCAACGCACUCCUGGAAAAUCUUGCUCUGAUGCUUUCAAAAGAAAUUGAAGAUGCCAGUGAAAAGUGCAUUCUCAUAAGCAGAAUGCUACAGGAGAGACCCAACAGCAUUGAGGAACUGACUGAAAAGAGGGAAUGGAUGAAAGAAAUCCCUGACCAGGUUAAGAGUUACAAGGAGCAACUUUCCAAAAUCUUGAUGGACUACGACGUACUGGAAGACCUCAGCUUCCACAUUACAAACGAGGAUUUUAGCAAAAAGUGGACAGCUGUUGGGUGGCCACUAAAGAUAAACUGUCAAGUGGAGAGAGUACAUGCCCAGCAUGAGGAAGAUGAGAAGCGCUUCAACAAGAUCCAACUAUCAGACCAAAACAAACUGGAGGAGCAAAUUGACGCACUGCAGAGUGUCGUUGCUGAGUUUGUGGGAUAUGACGACCUCGACCUCGCCCAUGAGAUCGCCAACAAAGCGAAGCGCGCAAAAGCACAAUUCAAGCAGUGCCAGAGUUUGUCAGAAACCUACAACAACAGAGAGCAUCUGCUUGGUCUACCAAUUUCAAAUUUUGAUCAUCUGAUUAAGCUAAUGAAUGACUUCAAGCCUUUUGAGAAGCUCUGGACCACCACGUCUGACUGGCUACGUUGGACAGAUGGCUGGUUCAAUGACCCGCUUACUUCAAUCGACUCUGAGCCGCUUGACCGUCUUGUCACAGAAGCCCUACAAACCAUGAGUGGUUUAAUUAAACAGUUCGAGGGCAAUAUUGAGGUCCAAACAAUGACAAGUGUAAUGCUUACCAGGAUAAAGGACUUCCAGCCGUUCUCCCUUCUGAUUCAGUGCCUAAGGAGCCCGGGAAUGAAGAGCUACCACUGGGAGAUGAUUUCAGAAAACAUUAACAUAACAGUUCGACCAAAAGCAAACAUGAGUCUUGCUCGCUACAUUGAGCUUGGCAUUCAGGACCACUUGGAUGAAAUAGUUAGUGUGGCCCAGACUGCCGGACAAGAAUACAGCAUUGAACAGGCUCUGGAAAUGAUGGAAGAGGAGUGGGCGACAGUUGAAUUUGAUUCGCUUUUCGACAAGGAGGCUGAACAAUCCAUCCUAAAGGUCCCAGAUGAAAUAUUUCAGAGGCUGGAUGACCAUAUUGCCAAAACUCAGAACCUGUCCUUGUCCCCGGUCAAAAAAGUCUUUGAGAGCCGCCUCAACACCUGGGAGAAAAAGCUCAGGCUAACUCAAGAUGUGCUGGAAGAGUGGCUGGAAUGCCAGUGUGCUUGGUUGACAUUGGAACCCAUCUUUAGCUGCGAUGAGGUCAAGCAUAAGCUCAAGCAAGGAAAUACGUACAAGCACAUAGAGCAGCGCUGGAGAAGCGUCAUGAGCAAUGUCGACAGAGAGCAAAAUGUGAUUGAAAUGUGCCAAAAUGUUCAGCUCCUAAGUAAACUGAAGCGCUACAACAUGUUUUUGCAAAGUGCUCAGAAAGGACUCAAAAAAUACUUGGAGGAAAAACGAAAUUCUUUUCCAAGGUAUUUCUUCCUGUCAGAUGUUGAGCUUCUGCAGAUUUUAUCCCAGUCCAAAGAUCCCACUGCUAUACAACUACAACUGCACAAAUGCUUUGAGAACAUCUCACAGCUGCAGUUUGAGUCAGACCUACAGAUAACGCAUAUGUACUCUAAAGAAGAAGAAAAAGUCCAACUCUCACUGCCAGUAUCAGCAGCUGGGAAAGUGGACAACUGGCUGAGGGACUUAGAAAAGUCCAUGAAGACCACUUUGAGAGAUGGCAUUGAAAGUGCUCUCCAAGAUUAUUCUGAGCAACCACAUGUUGAGUGGGUGUUUUCAUGCCCUGGUCAAGUGGCGAUUGCUAGCUUUCUGGUUUUCUGGACUGCUGAGGUGUCUACCACUUUGGAGAAGAGACUCUUGCAUAAAUUUCUUCCUCUACUACAGAAUCAGCUUGUUGACUUAGUGCAGCUAAUGAGGGGAGAUGUCUCUAAGAUGCAGCAGGCCGUUCUGUCCUCCCUCAUUGUGAUAGAAGUCCACGCAAAAGAUGUCGUUUCCAAACUGGUGGAGCAGAGAGUUUCAACCAUCAACGACUUUGAGUGGAUCAGCCAGCUUAGAUAUUACUGGACAAAUGAGGAGCUGCACAUCCAUGUAAUGAACGCAGAGUUCUUAUAUGGAUAUGAAUAUCUUGGCAACUCUAGUCGAAUGGUGAUCACCCCACUCACUAACAGAUGCUACCUCGGCCUUACAGAAGCGCUGCAUCGCAAGCUGGGAGGCGGGGUCAUAGGCGCAACAGGCUCAGGGAAAACAGAAACCAUUAAAGAACUCGGAAAGGCUCUGGCCAUGCACACCGUGGUUUUCAACUGCUCCGAUAAACUCAAAUCCUUCGCAGUAGAACGGUUUCUUAAAGGGGUAGCCAGCUCGGGUGCUUGGGCUAUUUUGGAUGACAUCGCUCGCGUUCAGGUGGAGGUUCUCUCUGUCGUGGCACAGCAGAUCUCUACAAUACAAAGGGCCCAACAGCAACAGGCUGAGAAUUUUGUAUUUGGCGGAAUGGAGAUUCCUUUAGUCUCUUCCUGUGCCAUAUUCUUUACCAUGAACUUUGGUCACACUCCUUGCAAUAAAAUACCUGCCAAUCUGAAGAAACUGUUCCGCCCCGUAUCCAUGGUGAUCCCUGAAUAUGAUAUGAUUGCGGAGAUCUCCUUGUAUUCGUUAGGCUUUUCGAAUGCCAAUGCCCUCUCCAAGAAGAUUCAUACGUUUUUCAGGCUCUUAUUUGAUCAGCUAGCGUCUCAGGACCACUAUUACUUUGACAUAAGAGCUGUGAAGGCUGUGAUCUCUGUAGCUGGACAUCUGAGGAGAGACAACCCCGACAUUAAUGAGGGGUCAAUCUGCCUUCAGGCCAUCCACGAAAUAAGCAUACCACAGUUUUCACAGAACGACCUGGAACUCGUUAAUGCCAUUCUCAUGGAUCUUUUCCAUGAGAAACCACAAAAGCCCAUGGGUUAUGUCGUUCUAGAGGAGUCCUUGCAUGAUAUCUGCAAAGCAAAGAACCUCAAAGAUGAGUUUGGGUAUAUCAACAAAUGCAUUCAGUUGUAUCAGACCACUGUGGUGAGACAUGGUCUAAUGCUGGUGGGGCCUCCUGCAUCUGGUAAAACCAAGUGCUACGAGGUUCUGGCUGCUGCAUUAACGGCUCUGGAAGGCAAGCCCUCUUCCCGGGGCGGCGUUUAUCAGGCUGUCCAGAUUCAUGUCCUCAACCCCAAAUCCAUCACGAUGCCGCAGUUCUAUGGAAACUACAAGACUCACAACCAGCACUGGAAGGAUGGUAUCCUCCCGGCUAUUCUCCGUGAAGGAGCAGCGGCGGCGGACAAAAAGAAACGGUGGUACGUGUUAGACGGACCUCUGGAAGCUGGGUGGAUGGAUGGCUUGAACACUGUUCUGGAUGACAACAGGAAACUGUGCCUUAGUUGUGGGGAAGUGAUAAAUCUCACUGAUGAAAUGACUAUAAUGUUUGAGGUGCAGGACCUGGCAGGAGCAUCUCCGACUACUGCGUCUCGCUGUGGUAUGGUCUACUUGGAGCCCAAUCUGUUAGAGCUCUCCUACUUCACAGAUUCCUGGCUGAAGCAUAUUCCUGAGGCUUUGACACAAUACGCAGAGCACCUGAACUCACUGUUUUCCAGGUUCCUGCCGGACUCGAUUUCAUUUGUGCGCUCAUCCGUGAACGAGAUCAUCCCUUCUCUGGAUAGCAACCUUAUUUGUAGUCUUCUUAAACUGAUGGAUUGCUUUUUUAGCUCCUACCACGUUAAAGAGGGCGAGAUGCAACCUUAUCAAAAGGAACUGGCUGAUGUUGAGGAGCUGAUAGAACCCUGGUUCUUUUUUUCACUGGUCUGGAGCGUUGGAGCCACUGGAGACGGAGCCAGCCGACAAGGCUUUAGCGACUGGCUCCGAAACAAAAUGGCAGCAGAACAGAUCAAACUAUCUUUUCCCGAGGAAGGUCUAGUUUACGACUACAGGCUUGAUGUUGAAGACGAGGACAAAAAAGUGCAGUGGGCCAACUGGAUGAAACAUUCGAAAAGUGCUGUCAUCACUACACACAUGAGCUAUGAGGAGAUAUUUAUUCCAACCCUUGACACAGAGAGAAUGUCUUACCUGAUGGAUUUGUUGCUGACCAACAAGAAACCUUUGCUGUGUGUCGGGCCUUCCGGUGCAGGAAAGACCCUGACCAUGACAAACAAGCUGAUGAGGAGCAUGCCUGCUGAAUUCAGCACACAUGCGUUCAUGUUCUCUGCCAGCACCUCGGCAAGUCAGACUCAAGAUUUCUUUGAAAGCAAACUAAGCAAAAGGCGAAAAGGAGUGUUUGGACCCAAAAUGGGGGAUAACUUCAUCUUCUUCAUCGAUGACCUCCACAUGCCCAUGUCCGAAAUGUGUAGAGAUCAUACUCCUUUUGAACUUCUCAGGCAGUGGCUCUGCCAUGGUGGCUGGUAUGACAGAGAUCAGAUAGGAACGUUCAAUUACUUGGUGGAUAUAAAUUUAGCUUGUGCCAUGAGUGCCUCCAAAGGAGACAGGAAUUUCUUUACUCAACGCUUCACGCGGCAUUUCAACAUCCUGUCCCUUAAUGGCUUGGAGGACUCAAUGAAAACAAUUUUCUCGACCAUUCUCGGGAGCUGGAUGGGACCUACUCUAACUGCCCAGGGGCUGCAGGAGUCUCUUGUUGAUGCCACUAUUAAAGUUUACACCACCGUAACUAAUCACCUCCUUCCAACUCCAGCAAAGUGCCAUUACAUCUUCAGCCUCCGAGACCUGUCCAAGGUCUUUCAGGGCAUACUGUUGGCUGAGGCGUACACUAUAAAGGAUAAGUUUGAGCUGCUACGCCUGUGGUACCACGAAAGCUGCCGGGUUUUCCAGGACCGUCUGGUUUGUGUUAGCGACAGGGACUGGUUCAACAGCCUGCUGAAGGGAUACAUCGACGAGUUUGACUGCUCCAUUGAAGACGUCUUACCCGACCCUCCUGUUUUGUUUGGAGAUUUCAUGUCUCCUGAAUCUGACCAGGAAGUAUACACAGUUAUAGAAGACAAGGAAGAACUCAAAAAAGUGAUGGAGCAGUAUGUUGAAGGCUUCAAUCAAAGCAGCUCAGACAAGGAGCCACUGGGACUUUUUAUGGACGGCAUUGAACACGUGUGUCGGAUCAACCGCAUCUUGCGCCAGCCCCUCGGCCAUGCCCUGUUGCUCGGAGGGCAUUGCAGUGGCCGCAAGACACUCACCAAACUUGCCUCAUAUAUAUCUGGACAUAAAUGUUUUAAGGCUGAAGUGUCUAAGAGUUACGGUAGGACAGAGUGGAGGAAUGAUAUUAAAAACAACAUGCUCUCUGCUGGUCUUCAGAACCAAAAGAUCACACUCUUCUUUGUUGAAUAUCAGAUUAAGAAGGAGUUUUUCCUGGAGGAUAUCUGCAACAUUUUAAUCACUGGAGAGCUUCCCAACCUGUAUUCGUCAGAGGAACAAGAGCGUAUCUUAAAAACAAUGAAGCCGGUGGUGGAAGACCUGGACCAGCAACUAACAGAAGCAAAUCUGAUGGCUGCCUACCGUAGGAGAGUUCACAGCAACUUUCACCUGAUUCUCUGCAUGAGCCCGGGAGGUAAGGGGUUUCGUGCGCGGUUGAGGCAGUAUCCUUCUCUGGUGAAAUGUUGCACCUUAGACUGGUUUGACACCUGGCCAGAUGAGGCACUGCAGGCUGUUGCGAGAGCAUCUUUAAAUGAGCUUCUUGUGCUGGAUAUCAGUCCCGAGACUAAGGAAACCCUGACCCUGAUGUGUGUGAACAUUCAUCAGCAGAUGGUCAAGAAGAGUGCGCAGUACCAGACAGAGCUGUCUCGAUGCAACUACAUCACAGCUAAGAGCUUCACAGAAUUCAUCAAACUCUUCUCAGAUCUGACCGAACACAAGAAACUGAAGCUGAACAGUUCUCGUCAGCGCAUAGACGGUUGUCUUGACAAGCUUUGUAGCACAGUUGAGGACGUGAAGAAGCUGCAAGACGAGGAAGAGGCGAUGCGACCACUUUUGGAGGAAGCUGCUAAAGAGGUUGAAGUCGCUUUGCAGACCAUUCAUGACACCGCGGCUGUCGCAGUGGAGAUUCGUAAAUUUGUGCAAGAUGAGCAGACAAAGGUUUUAGACAAAGAGCGUUUUGCCAAGGCAAUCAGUGUGAAUGCUCAGCGAGACAUAGACAAGGCUGUGAAGACGUUGGAUAUAGCUCUCGACAGCCUGAAGGCCCUCAAUGCAAACAGCUUCGUUGAGCUCCAAGACUCUGAGCAGUAUACCCGGGAGGUAAAGCUUGUCCUUGCAGCGGUUUGCAUCAUGAAUGACAUCGAACCAGUUAAGGGAGAUACAGAAACGCCAGAGGCGCCUAGCUUUGAAGAAUACAUGGAACCUGCUGAAAUUCUCCUACAAGAACCUAUGGUGUUUCUGGAGAGCCUCUACAGUUAUGACAAGGACAACAUUUCAGACGAUGCCAUCAGUCUGCUACGGCCCUACAUCGAUGAUGAAGAAUUUCAGCCUCCUGCUCUUGUCAAGAUUUCCGUCACCUGUAGCUCUAUUUGCCAGUGGGUGCGAGCCAUGUAUGACUAUCACUUUGUGCUCAAAGCUGUGGAACCAAAAUGGCAAGUUCUCAAGGAGGCUGAAGAGGACUUGAGAGCCGCCCAGCAGGUUGUUUCUGAUGGCCAGAAAAAACUGGAAGAAGUGGAAGAAAGCAUUCCCCCUUUAGAGGUCACGUACCAGGAAUGUUUGGCUAAGCAGAAAAAGCUGGACGACGAAUAUGAACUGACCGAAGCUCACCUUGUCAGAGCAAAGAAGUUAGUAGAAGGGCUAGCAGAGGACGAAGAGCACUGGAAGGAGACAGUGAUACAUCUUGAUAAUUUGGUUUCUAAUUUAGCCGGAGACAUGCUUCUGUGUGCAGGAUACGUCACAUACCUUGGCCCCUUCUGUGACAUGUAUCGGGCAGCCAUAGUAGAAGAAUGGCUCAAUUGUUUCAAAGAGUUGGGUCUUCCGCACACUGAGGAAACUAAUCUGAUCAGCAGUUUAGGAGAUCCGAUCACAAUAAACCUUUGGAAGAUUGCAGGAUUGCCCGGUGAUACGUCAUCAGUGGAAAACAGCAUAAUUGCCCAGUAUUCUCUCCACUGGACACUGUUCAUAGAUCCACAGGGUCAAGCCAACAGAUGGAUCAAAAACAUGGAGCGGAACAAUGAUCUGAGGGUUUUGAGACUCAGUCACAGUAAAUUCACCCAAGGUAUAAAGAAUGCUAUACUUGAUGGUAAACCCUGCUUGGUGGAGAAUGUAUUAGAGGAGCUGGAUCCAGCUAUAGAACCUGUCUUGUUCCUACAGACCUUUGAGGAGGAAGGCAAGACGGUGCUGAGGCUGGGUGACUCAGUCGUUCCGUUAUCUGAGGACUUCAAGUUGUACAUCACCACAAAGCUGCCAAACCCACGUUACUCUCCAGAGGUUUCUGCCAGCGUCACCAUCAUUAAUUUCACUUGGUCACCCAGCGCCAUGGAAGACCAGCUGCUCAGCCGGGUGGUAGCCCAGGAGCUUCCAGACAUGGAGGAGGCAAAGAACAAGCUGAUAGUCAGCUGUGCCCAAAUGACACAGGAACUGAAGGACAUCGAGGAUAAGAUGGUGUUACUUCUCGUCUCUGCAGCAGGGAGAUUUGUGGAUGAGGAUUUAAAUCCACAGUUGGAGGCUUGUAAGAUCAGAGCCAAGGAGAUGAAGACUAAAAUGCUGGAAGCAAAGAAUGCGGAGCAGGAUAUUGACGCUGUUCGUCUGAAGUACUCACCAGUGGCAGUGCGGGCUCGGAUUCUGUUCUUUUGUAUGUCAGAGUUAUCCAAUAUUGACCCAAUGUACCAGUACUCCUUCGACUGGUUCCUUGGCAUCUUCAUGAAGGCUAUUGCCAACUGUGACACAGCAGACACAGAGGAGGAGAAAAUCAACAACAUCAAUGAAUACUUUACCUUCAGCCUGUACGUGAAUGUGUGCCAAGGCCUGUUUGAGAAACACAAACUCAUGUUUGCUUUUUACCUGUGUGCUCGCAUCAUGAUGAACGAGGAUAGAAUCAAAACCAGUGAGUGGAAGUACCUCCUAUCUGGAGGGGAGCCAGUCCACAAAUUGACCAGCUCAGGAGUAGACUGGGUGUCGGAUCGGGCCUGGCAGGACAUUUUAGACCUCAGCACUCUGGAUACCUUUGAUGAACUGGCGGAAAGCUUCACAAACCAUCUGGAGGGCUUCAAGAACAUUUUUGACAGCAAGCAACCCCACAGAGAGCCGCUCCCAGGGAAAUGGGACAACGAUCUAAACUCAUUCCAGAGGUUGCUGGUCCUUCGAUGCCUGCGGCCUGACUGCGUGAUUUACGCCGUGCAGGACUUUGUAUCUGCUCAUCUGGGAGAGACCUUCAUAGAGACUAAGAUGUCAGAUCUGUCUGUAGCCUUCAAAGAGUCGUCCCCUACAUACCCCAUCAUUGUUGUCAUGUCUCCUGGCACUGACCCCGUUGCUGACAUUUACACGUUUGCAGAUGUUAUGGGUUUCUCGGAGAAAGUUAGCGGCAUCUGUCUGACUCAACGGCAGGGUUCCACGCCUGAGUCUAUGAUGCGGACUGCUAUGAAAAAUGGUCACUGGGUCAUUUUCCAAAAUUGUCACCUGGUCCCCGACUGGCUGCCAACGCUGGAACGACUCAUUGCUUGUAUCAGUCCCAAAAAAGUCCACAAGGAUUUCCGUCUGUGGCUAACCAUUAUUCCCUUUAAGAAGAUUCCAGUAUCCCUUUUUCGAAAUGGCUCCAAGAUUAUCGCCGAGCCUCCGAGAGGCAUUAGGGAAAACCUGGAGAGAGCCUACCUGAGAUUCACCGACGAGUUUCUGUCUUCUUCAACAAAGGAAUCCCAGUUCAAGCCACUGCUUCUCUCCCUCUGCCUGUUCCACGCGGUUGCCGUGGAGCGCAAACGGUUUGGCCCACUGGGCUUUAACACUCCCUACGAGUUCACUGACGAAGAUCUGGAUGUCUGUGUAGACCAGCUGCAAAUGUUUUUGGAGCAGUACCAGGACAUCCCCUACAAGCUUCUAAAACACACUGCUGGAGAGGUUAAUUACGGUGGCCACGUGACGGAUAUCUGGGACAGACGGUGUCUGCUCACUCUGCUGACAGACUUCUACUGUCCUGCCGUUCUUAGCGACGAUCACGUCUACUCCGGUGUCUACCAGCCCGUCGACUCUAAUCUGGACAUCGAGGGCUAUUUAGCAUACAUCCGAGAUCUGCCCAUCAAUGAUACACCUGAGCUCUUCGGUCUCCACGAAAACGCUAAUAUCCGGUUUGCCCAGAAUGAGACCUUUGCCCUGUUGGACGCUCUGAUUGGUUUCCAGCCUCAAGCUGCUGCUGCUGCGUCGGCUAGAGACAAAACAUUUUAUGAGACAGUGGAGGAGGUUGUGAUCGCCACUAUUAGAAAACUCCCUCAGCUUUUCUCUCUUCAUACGGUGACUGAAAAGUACCCAGGUCUGUAUGACCACGCCAUAAACGCAGUGCUAAUCCAUGAGGUCAUCAGAUACAACAAGCUGUUGGAGGUCGUUUGUCAGAGUCUCAGUGAUAUGUUGAAGGCUCUGAACGGUUCGGCUGUAAUGUCUCCAGACAUGGAGCUUAUGGCCCUCAGCUUGUUCAACAACAGAGUGCCUGAAAUAUGGAAGGCCAAGGCUUACCCCUCUAUGAAGCCUCUGGCUUCUUGGGUGUCGGACCUUCUCCAGAGGAUCAGUUUUUUCCAGGGAUGGAUCUCCGACGGCAACCCACAUGUGUUCUGGAUUAGCGGGUUCUUUUUCCCACAAGCCUUUCUCACUGGAACCCUGCAGAAUUACGCACGUCACUUCAGGACUCCUAUUGAACAACUGGGAUUUGCCGUUAAGGUGAUCGACAACCCCCUGUCAGAGAUAAAAGAAAUACCCAACACAGGCUGCUACAUCCACGGUCUAUUCCUGGAGGGGGCCAGCUGGAAUUAUAAGACAGGUCAGCUCUCUGAUUCCAACCUCAUGGAGUUCUACACACAAAUGCCUGUCAUCUGGCUGAUCCCCAAAGAACUCAACACUCAAGCAACUUCCUGGGUCUACCUCUGUCCCGUCUACAAGACCCCCAGCCGAGCUGGGAACUCGUCCACCACUGGCCUUUCCAGUAAUUACGUGACUGCCUUGGAACUGCCCACAGACUUAAGCCAGAGGUACUGGGUCAAACGAGGGGUUGCCCUGCUCUGUGCACUGGAUCACUGACCACGUAGCAUGAAUUCUUCUUGCAUUCAUCACCAUAAAGCUGACCAGUCCACAGCGACGGUACCUGCAGUAUUUCUCUUACUACACCUGGUGUUAGCAAGAAUGUUCUGUCAAAAAAACAAAAAGAAAGAAAGAAAAAACAAACGUGAUGAAUUGUUUCUGUAACUUGAAAUUUUACUACAGUUCUUUUUUGUUGUUGUUGUUUUUAAAUAACAUAUUUACGGUUGUAAGCCUUG